AUAUCCAAAGCUGUUACAAGUGCAGUAUGGUUGGGUAAUACACCCAUUUGACCAUUAUUAGUAGCUAGUAUUAUUUCUUGAACUUCUGAAUCCCAAACAACUCGAUUGGGAGUGACUACACGAAGGUUUAGGUUCAUUUUGUUUCUUUAAAUUUCUUUUUAGUUCAUAGCCUUUGCGGUAGCUUUAAGAUUUGGUGAGCAUCCGGAAUAACUAGUGAAUUGCAACUUUACUGCACCGCAAUUGGUGCAUUGAUCUUUGCAGCGUUAAUGCUUUUUGCUGGUUGGUUCCAUUAUCACAAAGCUGCUCCAAAAUUGACUUGGUUCCAAGAUGUAGAAUCCAUGUUGAACCACCAUUUAGCAGGGUUACUAGGACUUGGCUCUCUAUCUUGGGCAAGACACCAAAUACAUGUUUCUUUACCUAUUAAUCAACUCUUAGAUGCUGGAGUGGACCCUAAAGAGAUACCACUUCCUCAUGAGUUUAUUUUAAAUCGUGAGCUUUUAGCUCAACUUUAUCCCAGUUUCGCUAAGGGAUUGACCCCAUUUUUCACCCUGAAUUGGUCAGAAUAUUCAGAUUUUUUGACUUUUCGCGGAGGACUCAACCUAGUAACGGGGGUUCUGUGGUUGACCGAUACUGCACACCACCAUUUGGCUAUUGCAAUUCUUUUUCUAAUUGCUGGUCAUAUGUAUAGAACCAAUUGGGUUAUUGGUCAUAACCUCAAGGAUAUUUUGGAAGCUCAUAAAGGUCCAUUUAUAGGGGAAGGACAUAAAGGUCUUUACGAGAUCUUAACUACUUCAUGGCAUGCUCAAUUAGCUCUUAACCUAGCUAUGUUAGGGUCUUUAACUAUUGUCGUAGCUCACCAUAUGUAUUCUAUGCCUCCCUAUCCAUAUCUAGCUACUGACUAUGGUACCCAACUGCCUUUGUUCACGCACCAUAUGUGGAUUGGUGGAUUUCUUAUAGUUGGUGCUGCUGCACAUGCAGCCAUUUUUAUGGUAAGAGACUAUGAUCCGACUUCUCAAUACAACAAUCUUUUAGACCGUGUUCUGAGAUAUCGUGAUGCAAUCGUAUCACACCUCAACUGGGCAUGUAUUUUCUUAGGUUUCCAUAGUUUUGGUCUAUAUAUUCAUUAUGAUACUAUGAGUGCUUUAGGACGUCCUAAAGAUAUGUUUUCAGAUACUGCUAUACAAUUACAACCUAUCUUUGCUCAAUGGGUACAAAACACUCAUGCUUUAGCAUCUAGUUUGACAGCUCCUGAUGCAACAGCAAGCACCAGCUUAACCUGGAGAGGUGGCAAUUUGGUAGCAAUAGGUGCCAAAGUGGCUUUGUUACCUAUUCCAUUAGGAACUGCGGAUUUUUUAGUACACCAUAUUCAUGCAUUUACUAUCCAUGUGACUAUAUUAAUAUUACUGAAAGGUGUUUUAUUUGCUCGCAGUUCUCGUUUAAUACCCGAUAAAGCAAAUCUUGGUUUUCGUUUUCCUUGCAAUGGGCCUGGUAGAGGAGGAACAUGUCAAGUAUCUGCCUGGGAUCAUGUCUUCCUAGGAUUAUUUUGGAUGUACAAUGCAAUUUCGGUAGUAAUAUUUCAUUUUAGUUGGAAAAUGCAGUUUGACGUUUGGGGUAGUAUAAGUGAUCAAGGAGUGGUAACUCAUAUUACAGGAGGAAACUUUGCACAGAGUUCCAUUACAAUUAAUGGGUGGCUUCGUGACUUUCUAUGGGCACAAGCUUCUCAAGUAAUCCAAUCUUACGGUUCUUCAUUAUCUGCCUAUGGCCUUUUAUUCUUAGGUGCUCAUUUCGUUUGGGCCUUUAGUUUAAUGUUCCUAUUUAGUGGCCGUGGAUAUUGGCAAGAACUUAUUGAAUCUAUUGUUUGGGCUCAUAAUAAAUUAAAAGUUGCUCCUGCUACCCAGCCAAGAGCCUUGAGUAUUGUCCAAGGACGUGCUGUAGGAGUAGCUCAUUACCUUCUGGGUGGAAUCGUCACAACAUGGGCGUUCUUCCUAGCAAGAAUUAUUGCAAUAGGAUAAUGACUAGGAGGAUUUGAAAAGCAUUAUGGCAUCAAGAUUUCCAAAGUUCAGCCAAGGCUUGGCCCAGGACCCAACUACUCGUCGUAUUUGGUUUGGUGGUGCAAGUGUAAACCCUAGGUUUGCAUCCCAAAUAAGCAAAAAGCCUAAAAUCUAGGGAUUUAGCUUUUUUAGAUCAAAACUUGGAAUUUUCGAGUUCUGGUCGAAGCAGGGUAGUGGUGCAAGUGUAAACCCUAGGUUUGCAUCCCGAAAAGCAAAAAGCCUAAAAUCUAGGGAUUUAGCUUUUUAGAUCAAAACUUGGAAUUUUCGAGUUCUGGUCGAAGCUGGUCCGUGGUGCAAGUGUAAACCCUAGGUUUGCAUCCCGAAAAGCAAAAAGCCUAAAAUCUAGGGAUUUAGCUUUUUAUAUCAAAACUUGGAAUUUUCGAGUUCCGGUCGAAGCUGGUUAGUGGUGCAAGUGUAAACCCUAGGUUUGCAUCCCGAAAAAGCAAAAAGUAGACAUCCCUAAAAAAUAGGAAAAACUUUCUAAAAAUACCAUACCAGGAAUUAGGCUAAAAAUGCCAAAAACGAAACUUCCUAAAAAAUAGGAAAAAACAAAAAAGCAAACUUUCUAAAAAUAGAAAGUUGUCCAAAUUCAUCCAAAUCGAUUGCGAUCUUCGACCUUUGGCCUUUCUAAGCAUUCUGGUGGUGUUCACACUUCGGAAUCACAUAACUUGCAAAAACUAACUUUCAAUUGUCAAGGCCUGAAAUGCUCUGAACUGGACAAGGCUUGGUGAAACUGCAGCAAAAGGGUCAUAGGACACUACCAAAACCCUAGAAAGCAGGAAAAGAGAGGGUCCCCAUUUGCAAUGGGCCGAUGUGUGAAAAGGGUCACAACACAGUCCACCCUGCCCAAGAGUGCUUCUCCUUAAACAAUGUCAGUUUUGGAUGGAUGAGAACGUAAGAUGGUUGGGGUUUUGGAGGUAUGGAGACAUGAUGUGGUCAGUGAUCUUAAGGGGUAAAGGAAGUGAAUGAAAAGUGGUCAGGGAUUUGAGGGAUGAGAACAUGAGAUGGCCGGGGUUUGGAGGUAUGGAGACAUGAUGUGGCCGUGAAUCUUAAGGGGUAAAGGAAGUGAAUGAAAAGUGGCCAGGGAUUUGAGGGGUGCAAGAAAGGACAUGGUCGGGGUUUGAGAUAGGUGAAGGAAGUUUCCUUCCUAACUUCUCUAAAUUGCUGAUUGUCUCAAUCAUGUUCAUUCCCUCAUCAAACUAGCCAUUUAUUUGGCUUGAUAUCAUGUUGCUGCCCUUUAUUUUGCCAAGCCAUUCAUCAACCUUGGAGGUAGACCAAACUUUUUGGGGUGUGAAGACAAAAUGCUAAGGAUGGAUGGCCAAACUUUUUGGUGUGAUGAGGAUAUUGAGAGGAGAUUGUUUGUCCUCUCGGGUGAAUAAUAGAACAUAAAGCACAUAAUGCAGAAUGAUAACGCCAUAGAUAUCAGACAAGUAUAAGAGAUGUUAUUCCAUUCAUAAUUUGUGUGUUGCAAGUUACAUUCUGAAGUAUAUAAAGUUACCGAGGGGGUGCGAGCGCCAACCGUCGCACCGCAACUGCCACCCCUCAGUUGCCAACUAACCAAAACAAUUACACAUAAUUAACUAGUCGUAUUUUCAUAUACAAUAAUGCCGCCAACAUCAUCCCCCCCAAAAGAAAAGUCGUCUCCAGGCGACUUACAACAAAAAUGGAGAUCAUGCAACCUAUACAAUAUACAUAUCAGAAAAACUAGGGAGGGGGCUGAGGAAGCGUCCCUGAAGCAAAAGGCUGAGAUGCCGGUGUCUGGGCCGCCAAGCGGGCGUGGAGCUCAUACACCUGCUGAGUGCGUACAGUCACAUCCCGCUCUGCCACUAAUACUUUCUCCAAAGUUGUCUUCACCAUGUGUGCGGCUUCCAGCAACUCCUCUUUUGUAUUUGCUACCUCCGUCGCGCAGACCAACCAAGUCUGCAACAUACUCCUCUCGGUACUGACGGCAUCCAACUCCUGCUGCACGUGGCUCCUCACACUCUGCUCAGCCGCCAGACGAAUCUCUACCUCGGCCUUCUCUGUCUGGGUCUCAGCCGUCUUUGCGCGGGCCACCUCUAGCUGUGCCAACAAUUGCGCCCUCUCGACUGCCCAUGAGACCUACUGACUAGUCACCUCCAUCUCCAAUGCUACUCAUGCAACCUCGCGGAUCGCAAACUCCUGCUGUGUACGCCUCAAUGUACAAUAGGCAUCUCGGUAGACCUACUCGAUCUCGCGGACAAUUGCCGUCACCUGACUCUCCACAACGGGCUGAUGCAGCCUCCAAGCCUGGAGCAUCUCCUCUGUCUCAAUAGUCGGCCAACCCUGAGACUCAAAGCAGGUAGCAAAGGCUGUCGGGCAGCCCACCCACAUAAACUGUAAGACCUGCUCUAGCUCCACCACCACCUGCUGCAAUGCUUGCGUCUGGGCAGCGGCCACCACCCGCCUACCAGUUCUGACCAUUUCACACAUCGCCCCAUUAAAAAUGGGGACCCCCUCUUUUUGCUCGUUUUUGCUCGCCCUUCUCUUUGUUUUUUUUUAGGGUUUUGGUUUAAUAUGUCAGUUGUCUGGACUAGGGUCAAGCCUUAGGGUUUUUCGUUUUAGUGUUUUCAGGCCAGAGUCUAGUCAGUCUUGAGAGCUUUUGAGCUUCCUCCCGUAGGAUGCAAUUUUGGAAAUAAAGUGAAUUCGCCAGAAGUCAAGUGAGUUGGUCUAAUUUCAGUUGGAAUUUUGAACGUUAGUCCAAAUUUUGCCUAAGUGUUAAUGAUGAGAUUUUGAUUUUGUCUGAUUGAAUGAUUUUGACCAAAUUUUGGAAAUUUUGAUGAUUGAU